GGAAGGGGAAAAAAUUGAAACUCAAAAUCUUAUAAAAAUGAAUGUUGAAAAUUAUCUUUACGUGUAAUUGGAAAAAAUAAAAUACCACUUAAUCGGGGUAGGGGAAGAAGAAUUUCUGUUCCAUAAUGAAUAAACUUUUCUUCAUUCUGGAUUCCUUUUUCUCAUAUUUCAUCUAUUUGCUGUCACUGAGACCAAGAUCCCACCACACAACUGAGCAUCCUUGGCCAUCCUCUCCAGCACUGAUAUAGUAUUUUAAGGUUUGCAAAACAUUUUUUACAAGUGUCAAUAUCUUCAUUUGAAAAACAACUAUUAUAGUCUACUUAACCACAGUGAAUGUAACAAAACAGAACUAAUCUUAUACCCAAUCAUCUUCAAUUCUUACUAUCCUUUUUUCCAUCUGACCAAUCAAUUAUCUGGGAAAUCUUGUACUUACUACUUUCACAAAAUCUCCCAUCUGAUCCUUUCUCUCUAUACAACCAUUACAUUAAAUCAGGCCUCCAUCCCCUCUUGCCUGGACCUUUGCAAAAGCCCAAUUCCUCAAAUCUCUCUCCACUCCAGUUUUUUCUCCAUACAUUUGCCAAUGUGACUUUCCUUAAAUACACAUUUGAAAUUCCCUUUUUGCCUCUAGGAAAAAAAAAUUAAGAAAUGCAAAUUAAGACAACUCUUGAGAUACCACUACAUACCUGUCAGAUUGGCUAGAAUGACAGGGAAAGAUAAUGUGGAAUGUUGGAGGGGAUGUGGGAAAACAGGGACACUGAUACAUUGUUGGUGGAACUGUGAAUACAUCCAGCCAUUCUGGAGAGUGAUUUGGAACCAUGCUCAAAAAGUUAUCAAAUUGUGCAUACCUUUAGAUUCAGCAAUGUUUCUACUAGGCUUAUAUCCCAAGGAAAUCUUAAAGAAGGGAAAGGGACCUCUAUGUGCACGAAUGUUUGUGGCAGGUCUCUUUGUAGUGGUCAGAAACUGGAAACUGAGUGGAUGCCCAUCAAUUGGAGAACAGCUGAAUAAAUUGUGGUAUAUGAAUAUUAUAGAAUAUUACUAUUCAGUAAGAAAUGACCAGCAGGAUUUCAGAAAGACCUGAAGAGACUUACAUGAACUGAUGCUGAGUGAAAUAAGCAGGACCAGGAAUUCAUUAUAUACUUAAGAUUAUCAAUUCUGAUGGACGUGGCCCUCUUCAACAAUGAGAUGAACCAAAUCAGGUCCAAUAGAGCAGUAAUGAAUUGAACCAGCUCCACCCAGCGAAAGAACUCUGGGAGAUGAAUAUGAACCAUUACAUAGAAUUCCCAAUCCCUCUAUUUUUGUCCACCUGCAUUUUUUUCAUUUCCUUCACAGGCUAAUAGUACACUAUUUCAAAGUAUUGUUUUUGUACAGCAACUGUUAGGACAUGUAUGUUUACAUUGUAUUUAAUUUAUACUUUAACAUAUUUAACAUAUAUUGGUCAACCUGCCAUCAGGGGGAGGGGAUGGAGGGAAGGAGGGGAAAAAUUGGAACAAAAGGUUUGGCAAUUGUCAAUGCUGUAAAAUCACCCAUGCAUAUAACUUGUAAAUAAAAAGCUAUAAUAAUAAAAAAUAAAAAUUUAAAAAAAAAAGGAAGAGAAAAAAAUUGUAAUCCUUUAUUUGGCUUUAAAAGCCUUUAUAAGCUGGGCUUAAUCUUCAAAAAAAAAAAAAAGUAUUAUUAAUUUUGUUAACUAUUUCCCAAUUAAAUGUAAAAAAAUAUUCAAUGUUUAAUUUUGAGCUCCAAAUUGUCCUCUCUAUCCCUUUCCUUACCCUUUAAGAAGGCAAGCACUACAUGCAAAAUAUAUUCUGUAUUAGCCAUCUUGCAUAAUCACACACACACACACAAACAAAAUAAAGAAAACUAUAGUUGUCUUGCAUUUGAGUUUCUCCUAACCCACUUUUCCAAACUCACUAUAAAUUACUACCCUUCCCACGCUCUAUGAGCUAUAAACUGGAUUUUCUGUUCAUUCCAGUGUUUUUCAUUUCCUUUCUCCUUUGCUUUUGUACUGUUCAACUCCCAAGCUCUUCCCCACCUGGCCUUUACCAGUUCCUUGUAGAAUCCUUUUUUUUUUUUUUUUUUUUUUGGGGGGGGAGGCUGAGGCAAUGGGGUUAAGUGACUUACCCAGAGUCACACAGGUAGGAAGUGUUAAGUGUCUGAGAUCAGAUUUGAACUCAAGUCCUCAACUUCAGGGCUGGUGCUCUAUGCACUGUGAACUUGGAAUCAGAACACUCAUCUUCAUGAAUUCAAACCUGACGUCAGACACUUCUUAGCUGUGUAAUUCUGGGCAAGUUACUUAACUGUUUGACUCAGUUUCUUCAUCAGCAAAGAGCUACAAAAAGAAACCAUUCUUGUAUCUUUGAAAAGAAAAUUCCAAUAAAGUUCAUGAAGGCAGACUGAUUGAAACAACUCAACAAAGACACACACAUAACUGUUUUUUCUGUACAUAGAAAGAUAUAGAUAUCUAUCUAUUUGAAUAAACAUAGACAGAUAUCUCUAAUUAAAAAAAAAAAAAAAACCCAAGUCAGUGGCUAAAAAUAGACGUAUGACACAAAAUUGACAUUAGAAAAACAUUUUCAUUAUAAAAGUCAGCUGGGAUUUUUUUGUUUCUGUUUUUAUUGAAUGCUUAAAACUACAAGAUACUUUAAAAUAUCAAAGAAUUUGAGAACUAGAAAGGACUUUAAAUCACCAAACUCUUCCACUUUUAUAGGAGAAACUGAGACUAAAGAAGUGGCUUGUCUAACAGUAAGUCAGUAGCAGAAACAUGACUACAACCCAGGCCCUUCUGCCUACUGAUAAAGAUCUCUUUGCAUUAUGUCCCACUAUGUAUUUGAAUCCAGUUUUAAAAACAUUUAAAUCCUCACUCAAGAUGGAAAUGCAUUUUAGUGAGCAAUUCCAACUUUUCCUGUCUCUCUUCAAUAUAGCCAAUAUGUACUAUUUAGGCUCAAAGCUGAUGGUAAAAUUGAUACAUACGAAUAUUAAAUUUUCAUUCUCAAUUUUUAGAUAGGUCAUUUCUCUAUUUUUAUAAGCCUACUUAAGUGCAGCUUAUUUACUUUUUUUUUUUAUUUUUCUUCUUUUCUGUGGGGGAAAAAUAUAGAAUUAUCUCUAUUUAACUGCUUAUCAAUAUAUGGGAAAAUACAACAAAACAGUGAUGUCCUGUUUCCUGGAUACUACUGAGGUUAAAGGGAUUAAAGAUUUCAAUUGGCUUUAUAACUAUCACACUUUAAAUUCUAAUUUAGCAUAUCUACACUAAAUUAUACACCUGUAAGGAACUCACAAUCUUUGGAACAAAUAUAGAAUUGUUCAUGAUAAAAUUUCUCCCAGCAUUCUCUCCUUGUUCUAUACUUGAUUGAAGGGCUCUGUUUAUGCAAUUGGUCAGAGCCAGAUGCUUGGCAAUAGGGAUAGGGGUAAGCUCAUUUCUGUGGAGAGAAAGUAAAACAUAUUAGUCUAAGAAGCUAGGGCAUUUAAAGGCAGUUAAUAUUUACUGAUCCUGGGGCUUUUACAGCCUUCACCAAAUAAAUAGAUUAACUCACAGCAGCCUUAUGAACAUAUCGUAUAUACUUAACAUGGUCUUAUCUUAUGUAUCAUUUAUGAAGAGGCUGUUUUAAUUACUCCACAGGACAGAUAAUGCAAGCAAUUAAGACUUGCAAAUAAGAAAAAAACAACCUGCUCCCAAUGGUGACUGUCAAUCACUGGAUUUGCAGGUAUAUACCAUGUAGCAGCCAAAGAAGCUUUAAUUCAAACAUCAUCCAGGGUCGAAUACAGGGAGUAAGGAUGAGGAGAGGCUUGAAUGGGUGGUGUUAGAUAAAUCUGACGAAAGAAUAUUUCCUGUGCAAAAGAGCUAACGAACACACAUCUGUAGGAGGGGCUAGCUGACAAGGGAGAGUUCCUAACAUAAAAGGUUGUGCUAGCAGCACUCAGAUGAUUGCCUGCAACUUCAGCACCAUGAACACUUCCUUAGCAAGACUCCACUUUGCAGGAGGCUAUCAGCCUUCUGACUCCAAGGACUGGAGAUCUAUCCUUCCUGCUUUCUUGGUGGCAAUCUGUUUAGUAGGUUUUGCAGGGAACCUGUGUGUGAUUGGCAUCCUCCUACAUGGUGUUUGGAAAGGAAAAUCAUCCAUGAUCAACUCCCUGAUUUUAAAUCUGAGCCUAGCUGAUCUCUCUCUUCUACUAUUCUCUGCACCCCUGCGGGCAGCAGCAUACUCCAAAGGUGUUUGGGUAUUGGGAUGGUUUGUCUGCAAAUCUUCUGACUGGUUCGCCCAUACGUGCAUGGCAGCCAAGAGUCUUACAAUUGUUGUGGUAGCAAAAGCAUGCUUUAUGUUUGCAAGCAACCCAGCCAAGCAAGUGAGUAUCAACAAUUGUACAAUAUGCAUGGUGCUGGUAGUCAUCUGGGUUGUGGCCUGCCUCUUACCCUUGCCUGAAUGGUUCUUUAGUACCCUCAGGUACCACGAAGGUGUGGAGAUGUGCAUCAUGGACAUACCAGCCCUGGCCCGGGAAUUCACUUCUAUAUUCGGUAAGCUCUAUCCUCUGCUCAUAUUUUGCCUUCCUUUGCUCAUCGCUGGGACGUAUUUUUGGAAGGCUUAUUGCCAGUACCAACACAGAGGAACUAAGACUCAAAAUUUAAGAAGCCAGAUCCGCGCUAGGCGACUCACAAUGAUGUUAGUAAGUGUUGCUAUAACCUCUGCUGUCAUGUGGCUACCAGAAUGGAUAGCUUGGCUCUGGGUAUGGCAUUUAAAGAAAGGAAGCCCUGUUCCACCUCAAGGUUUCAUAGCCUUGUCUCAAGUCCUCAUGUUUUCCAUUUCCUCUGCAAACCCCUUCAUUUUUUUAGUGAUGUCUGAGGAAUUCAAAGAUUUCAAGGAUUUCUGGAAAUGGCUGACAUCAAAAAAGCCUCUACCUAACCCAGAUUCUCAAGGAACACCAGCUGGUAACUCACAGAUCAUUUCAGAUAAUGUUCUAUCUCAAGAGCCCUUGCCAUCUGAAUCAGACAAAGAAAAACCUGGAUCUUCCCCUUCUGGUGAGGAGAAAACAAACAAGGAGAUUCCUGUCCUACCCGAUGUGGAACAGUUCUGGCAUGAAAGGGAUGUAGUCCCUUCUGAACAAGACAAUGACCCUAUCCCCUGGGAACGUGAUGCUUCUGAAAUAGCAGGUUGUUGUAAAUGAAAUUACAAGUUCCCAAGUCAAAUGAAGAUGUGUAUUUAUUGUAUGUUAUAUUGCUCUCAAAAUUUUGCUAGGUACAAGUCUGGUAAUCUUAUCUUUGCACUUGGUUGUACUCAAAAAAAUAUCUUGCUGAUAAAGCUUUCAAAAUCGCAUUUCCAAUAAAUAGGGAUACCCUUACAUUAGGAGAAUAUUUAUGAUGUUUAGAUUAUUUAAAAUAAAAUUUUCAAAUUUAAUGUGCAACCUUUUGUAUUUCGUUUUUCCCUCAGAGGUUAGAGUGUAUUCACACUAUGGCAUUUACUUAUUUUCUCCCUUGUCACAGAGCUGGUUGGAGAAUGGAAUGAAAUCUGUAGCUAAAUAAAAAUGGCUCUUCACACAAAACUUUGAUCCAGAUGACAUAAAUCUGAACCCAUUACUUUGUCCUUCUUAGCACUAAGAAAGCCACUCUAUUAAAAAAUUUUAAAAUAUUUUUGAUUCCAAAUUAAUUCAAAUUCAAAUUUAUACAAUCAGAACACAAAAUAUAAACUUAGCUUCAGAACUGAAUUAUUUUCAAAGUAUAACCAAACAAGCUUAAUUUAGUUCUGGCAAAUUCAACUAACCAGCUGCCAACAAGAAAGUUAUUUACUAGGAAUUACUUCAUAUUUCCCUACCAUUCAUGCUGGUUUGAAAUUUCUCAUAUAAUCUGGCAUUUUGUUGUUGUUCUUUCUUUUUAGAAAAAUACAAGACUACUGUGUGGUUCUCUUUGGGGUGGUGUCAUCACCAUCUCAUCAAACUUAAUAUCUGAAAAAACUUUAUACUUAAAGCUUAAUUCACUCAGCAAAAUCUCAAUUUAAAAGACCAUUUUACAAUAAGUUAUUAAUGAAUAUUAAAGAUUAUUUCUGCCUAACCAGAUUAUAUACAUAUAUAUAAAAUAUAGUGAUAAAAAUAUAUACAAAGUGCUUUGUACCUUUAAAGUGCUUUUAAAAGUAUUAUUAUUACUGCUAGAAAAAAAGGAUGUAGAACUUAUUCUACCAAUUAAAGACUGAAAGUAUCCCCUAACAUUCUAUUCCUAAUUCUAAGAGUAUCUCUUAGAAUUGAAGGUUGCUAUAGUAUUUUAACAGGGAUAGAAAAGUUGUUUUUUUCUAGUCUAGAAAUUGUCUCUCAAAGUGAAUGAUCAAAUAAAAAACUAGGAUUCAAACUUAAUCCAUACUCUCUUUAACAUCCAGAGCAACAGUUUCUCCAAAUGACUGCAGUGGUGGAUACAUAACAAGGAAGAAUAGGAAUACAGGCAGGCAAAGAACUUGGUUUAAUAAAGGGACAAAAACUAAAAAAAAUGCAAUGACAAUGCAGAAAAAAAGGGCAAGAAAACAGAAAAUAUUGGAAAAGAAAACCCAAUACUUAUCAGAUUUUUCUGUCCCCAUAAGGAUAGAUAGAAAAAUAUCAAUAUUUGGCACCUUACCAGUCCAGAACUUUAUAACUGAUUAUCUCCCACAUGCAUGUAAUUAUAAAUGCAUCAUUUUUCCUACAACACAGAAAACAUCUAUUGGGACUAGUUACACUUUUUUCCCAGAAUUCUAAUGGGAUUUAUAAGUAUAUUUCCAUGAUAGGGCUCCCUCAGAAAUGCCUUAAGGCAAAAAAAAAGACAGAGGUAGAAUAGAGAAAUUGGAUUAUGUAGGAAAAUACUGUGGAGACAAAUGAAGUACUUUUUUUAAAUAAGUGAAAAUUUGUGGGAUAUUUUACUUAACUAUAUUGAUGCUUAUGUGCAGUGGGGGGUUGUUUAUAUUAACCCCCACCUUAUAACUGAAUCAUUAAGAUUCACUGUUGCUCAUGAGGCCAGAGAAACAUAUAGAAGUACUACUUUCCCCAAGAGCCUAAAGAAUUAUUUAGUGAUGUAUAUACCUUACAGAAUAAGUAACUUUCAAUGCUUUAUUAUAAACUGUGUUAAUUUGUGUUUUGUGUUCUCUAUAUACCUUAAAUUUGGAAUCUGAGAUAAUGUUGAUGCUCAUUUUGACUCAUGAACAAAUAAAAAGCAAACAUGCCA